UCGAGACGAGAAACCAAGAAACCAAGCGACGUAAAGUAAUACCAGCAAACAAACAAACAACAACAGCAAUAGCAUGUCGCCGAACACAAAAUCAGUACUACAACAACAAUCACAAUUCUACGCUACCAAAACGGAGCUGUACUUGAAAGUGAAGAAACCUCUGUUGGAACGUCAACGUCGCGCCCGCAUCAACAAGUGUCUCGACACAUUAAAGACACUGGUAGCCGAGUUCCAAGGUGAUGAUGCCAUACUGCGUAUGGAUAAAGCCGAAAUGCUGGAGUCGACAAUUGCCUUCAUGCGUCAACAUAGCCGCCGCCGUUCCGCGAUGCCUGCUGUGGCGCCACUUGAGCCGAUGGAUAGCUUCCGCAAUGGUUAUAUGAAUGCCGUCAAUGAAGUAUCGCGUGUUAUGGCCGCUAUGCCGGGCAUGAGCGUCAAUGUGGGCAAAUCGGUGAUGACACAUUUGGGUAGCGAAUUCAAUCGGCUAUUGCAACAACAGCAAGCGCAAACAAUCGUUGUAGAUGUGGAGGAGAAGAUGAGCGAAAAAUUGGCGCGUCCAUCGAGUCGUGCCUCCUCGGGUUAUCACAGUGAUUGUGAACAUGAUAGCCCAAUGCCAUCACCCGCACCUGUAGCCGCCACCGAGUGCGCCACCUGGCGGCCAUGGCUGUAA